AUGACAGGGAGCGAAGAUGGCGCCGUGAGCUACACGGUGACGCAGCGUGGGGCCCCCUGUCUCAUGAUCAACGGCUUUGGCUUCGUGGCUCGCAAGCGUCGUGGGCCACGUGUAUACUGGACAUGCAGGAAUCGUAGACAGUUUAACUGUCAUGCUCGGGCUCUCACCAAUGCCGGCCAGCUUACGAUGAGCUUCACUGUUCACAAUCACCCGUCACUUCCCUCGGAUGAAUUUUUUCGCAUUGAAAAUCUUAUUGAGGUUAUUGCCGUAGACAUGGAAUUCGUGAUAUCGAACCGUGGGAGACGUCAUAUGCGUCUCAAUGGGUUUUCUUUUUAUCCGGAGAAAGUUUUUCCGGAGAAGAAUAAGGUGCGGUGGCGGUGUACGCGGAGAACUUGCCGCGCAUAUGCACAUACAUUGCACGACCAGAACUUUGUACGACUCUGCGUGGGUCCCGGCGGCCGACCUCGUCUGUGGGUCCGAGGCAAAAGCUUUUACGCUGCGCAUACGAUGAGGUCGGGUAUCGUGCGUUGGCGAUGCACUAUGGGAGGCUGCGGUUGCAAAGCCUACACCCAAAAGGGAAAACUGCAUAAACUUAUGGGUGAACAUAAUCACGAGAAUCGAUGGAAAAGAAAGCCGGUUGGAAAUAAAUCAGCGCAAUAUUCUUCUAGAUUUUCUAACUCAUUCGCCAUGCCACGAGUUCCACAACUCGAUUUUGACAACUUUGACCCAUCAGCUUGGGUUACGCCAUAUUAG